UGAAUUGUGGGCGGCGCGACGUUUUUGCCUAAAGAAACUAUCCUCUUUGGCUUCUAUAUUUAAAGCGCCGCCAUUUCCGUCGCUGUCAUCGCCGUUGCCUUCCCUGUUCUCUUCUGGUUCUGCAUUCUUUAUGUGUUGUAUAAUGUGCAGACAUUAUCAAAAUAAAUAAACAGGUUGUAUUCGGUGUUGCACACAACGGAUCGAUGGUACCAAAAAAAAAAAAACGUCAUGACUCGAAAGCUGCUUUAAAAAAGAUAAGCAUUUUUAGCAGCUGAAACCAUGAUAAGCAUCACAUUUUCCUCCAAGUUCCUGAUGACAACUUGAAAUCAUCGAAUGUAAACAAAUAAAAAUAACCCUUAAAUCGUAGGCAUUGUUAAUUAAAUGACAAAUUAAAUACAACGACUAUACUAGAAACAAAACAAAUAUCAAUAACAACAACAAUACUACGUAGAACAAUUAAGAUGGAGUAGAGAAACAUAGCAUACGGGAUACGGAACUCCUGAAAAGAUGUGUGGUCCUUUGCUGUUUUAUGGAAUAACUACUUUCAUACAGCACGAAGCGAGUAACGGCUUUCCGGAAGUCAUCGUAUACCCGUUUAAACCUACUUAAUAGGCGUAAGAAGGAGAAGUUGCCGGAUUGAAGAAGCGAUUUCGAUAUUGGUUAAAGGAUAACCAUUUAGCGUUAAUUGAAACCAGUAGUAACAAUCAAAAAUAAAAAGAGAAGGAGUGUGGAAAAGGUGUGUGGGAAGUGCCACAGGGAAUGUUUAUACCUGAGACACUGAGAAGCUGCAUGAUUGAGACGGACGUAUCUUCAUAUUUGCAAACAUCAUCCUCCGGACAGGAUGAAUUUCAUCCGUUCAUCGAGGCACUUCUGCCCUUCGUCAAAUCAUUCUCGUAUUCAUGGUUCAAUUUGCAAGCCGCAAAACGGAAGUACUACAAAAAGCAUGAAAAGCGUAUGUCACUGGAGGAAGAACGACAUUGCAAGGAUGAAUUACAAAAUGAAAAGGCGGAGGUGAAGCAAAAAUGGGCAUCCCGUUUACUAGGUAAGCUGCGCAAAGAUAUUACUCAGGAAUGUCGAGAGGAUUUCGUGCAGUCCAUCACCGGAAAGCGAAAAUCGAUUUGUGUACUUUCGAAUCCCGAUCAAAAAGGAAAAAUGCGCCGAAUCGACUGUUUGCGGCAAGCGGAUAAGGUAUGGCGUUUAGACUUGGUAAUGGUUAUCUUGUUUAAGGCAAUACCACUCGAAAGCACAGAUGGGGAGAGGUUGGAGAAAAAUCCUGAAUGUACACAUCCAAGUUUAUGUGUUAAUCCCUACCACAUCAAUGUGUCUGUUCGUGAACUAGACCUUUACUUGGCGAAUUUCAUCAAUACACAUGACCCAUUGCACAGCCCAACACCGCCUUCGCCUCCGCCGCCAACAUCAACGGCGCUCUUUCUUUAUAAUAAUGAAAAUAGUCAUGUUAACAUCAACAGCAACGCAAAUGGAAGCAACAACAGUAUCAACGAUAUAAAAAAGGAUGGCGAUCCGCGAAAACAUAAAGGUUACAGCCACAAUCCUUACAAUGGAGUUAUAUGUAAUGAUAUAAUAUUGGCUACUGGUGUUUUUUCAUCCAAGGAAUUGUGGAGGCUUUCCAAAGCAUCUAUUCUUGAUGAGACCAGUAACGAUUUGCUGUCGACGAAUGUCAGUCAUAUUAAAAUGGAAAAUUCGGCCGGGGCUUAUGAAUGCAACACAUAUCAGUUGCCGCCACCGUCAAUUGGCGUUGGUGUAGAUGUCGCUGGUAAUUUAGCAGCAACGAGCAAUAUGUUGGAUUCUGGGCGCUCCGUUGCUGCUGGUUCGUCAAUGAUUGUUCCAGCCGGGUAUAGUAUCGACUUUGUUGAUCCACGUAGCAUGCACUUGCCACCAACGUCCCUCCUGCGGGCUCAGGGAGCGGCUGCUAUUGCCGCGUGUAAAAACGAUACAUGUGCAUCGCCGCCUGGUUCUGGUCCAAGCAAUGGCAGUAGUAAUGGAUUUUCUGUGAUAUUGCGGUCUGGCGAUUCUACGGGUGCCAACGUACAAGGAAGCGAUAUAUCAACGCUUCAACGAUACACGCCUACACUGAGCCGUUCUUUGUUGAAUAUGAGCCAAAUGAGAUCAAACGAAGUACUGAUACAACACAACGCGACGUCUGCGUUGGUUACGAAUUCGGUAAGCCCCGGAGCUUUAUAUUACCAGUUACAUAACAGUCCGACUGGUCCAUCGGAUUCUAAUGAUAGCAGCACUCAACAGAACCACCAUCAUCAGCCACAACAAUCUCAACAAAACGAGAAUCAACAACACUUGGACGGUCAUGGCUCACAACUAGCGGCAACUGCUGCAGUAGCUGCUGCCUCGAUUUCAAAAUAUUCUUCAGAAGUUGCCAAUGGUCAUGACAUGUCCGAUUUUGUGACAUAUGUUUGUCAGGAAACUGGAGGUUCUAGCGCACACAUUAACGAAGCUCAUCGCCCGCCACAUCAUCAAACUCAUUUCCAAUUGCAAACCGUUACUACUGGAGCGGUCGGUUCUAUAACGAAUCGUAAUCCGAAAUUUUCAUCUGCUGCAACUUCACCAGUUGCGACGGCAUCUCAUUAUCAACAAUAUAGCACAAUGCUACCUCCGCCGCCUUUACCGCCAAUGGCUCGACCAGUGGCAAUAAUAAGGUCUACAGGUGACUUGACGAUGGUCGAAUCUCCACCUUCAUCUGCCACACCACCAAACGCAAGCCACUCGGCUAAGGAAUCAUCGCGGCAACAACAUGCACAGCAACAGGAUCAGCAUCAGACACAAUCUCACAACCACACACAAUCUCACAAUCACACACAUUCUCUUCACAACACCGUGGAACACGACGAAGCAAAUAAUCAAAUGGCGACUGCAAACACCUCUACUAACAUCAAUGGAGGUAACGGAAAUGCCUCUUCCGUUUCGAGUACAACCGAUGUCGCCACCGGCGUUACAAGUUCUAAUGUCCAAACAAAUAUAUCGGGUACCAGUAAUAACAGCAGUAGUAGUUCAACUGACAUUGUUGUGUCGAGCUCACCGCCCCCUCCUUUGAGUCCGCAGGCGCACAUAGACAUUGUACGUAGUACAAAAUCAUCGUCAAUUGGUCGUAUUGCGACACAGUCAUACUCUGCAGCCACCAGCCGAGAGUAUUUCAAUCAUUUUCAUGCACAGACUACUCCACUGCUUGGUUAUACUAGUUCAAUUUCGACCAUUUCCGGGGUUAUUAGUCCAACUAAUUUAAGCUUAUAUUCCUCUCCGUUAACCGGUGUAUCGAAUGUGCCACAUCGGUCUACUCCGCGGGCUCGAUGGAAUCCGCCGUUCCUUAUGGAGGAUGAGUUUAGUAUGAUGCCGCAUUCAGUGUCCAGCGGAAAUCCCGACAAUGCUCCGGUUAUAUUAAUGGAAGAUGCUUCCGCCCGCUACAGUGAGGAAUAUACUCAGAACCGUGAUUACAUCACAUGAUUGAAGAUGCCAGCUAUAGAUGACUACUAUUAAGAUAACUAAAACUGUUUAGAUAAUAUUAGCUAGAAUUUAUACAUACGUUCAUAAAUAUUCAUAUUAUGAGUUCAUUUGAAUCGGAUAGUUACCAAAGGGAAUAAGUCAGCAAGAACGAUAUGAAAUUUUCAUGCAGCUCGGUUGGUUUAAAGAAGCUCUGUUGAACUGCAUCAAAUUUACCGUAUCGGAAAAUGCUGACUUAUUACCUUUGAUAAUUUCCCGAUUCAUUUAUAAAGCGUUAAAACAAAAAAUAUUAUGUGUGCAUUUACUUAUGUAUGUAUAAUUAUCUAUAUGCACAUGUAUACAUAAGGCAUACACAUUUACAUAUAUACAUACGAUAUAUCUAGAUAAGCAUGAAUAUUUAUACUAGGCUACGGGUUUAUAAAUACACACACAUGUAUCUAUGGAUAAGAGCCAGAAGACCAGGUCAAAAUGAUAGAAGACAAAUUUAGUUAAGCGUGAAAGGACUACAUAACCUAAAAGGUUAGUAAUUAAUUAAUAAAAUAAAAUAAUUUGCAUACGUAUAGCGAGUAAACUUAUACUAUAUUCUACACACAUAUAAAUAUGUACUUUAUAUAAACUGAGAAAAGAAAUUUGUUUCGACAACUAAUAUUUAGUUGCCGAAUUUUGACAAUAUUUGCGAACUAUUACCAAGGUUUGGUAAUUAUAACUAAAUAUACAUAUUUAUAUGUAUACAUAUAUAUAGUGAUAUUCGUCUACGUUGGGCCAAACCGUUAAUUCUGUUGGAGAAUUUCUUGAGUUUGGCAAAUACUAAUUAAUAUUGUUUUGGUACACAUUUCAACAAAUUCCAUUUAUGAAACUUAACGUAUGGUUCAUAAAAUUAUAUUAAUAAGGCGGUGUCACACGACUGGUACAUCAGUACAAUAGAUUUUUACAUUUUUUAUAUUGGGCUAUUGGUGCAAAAUAAAAAAAAUUGGGACAACAAAAAAUAUUUGUGCAUUCAUACAAUUUGCACUAAAUUUUGGGCAAAUGCCGAAUCGUGUGCCACUGCCUUUAUACUAUCUGCUAACUCAGAUAAGUUUUUCUCAGGACAUACUGUGGUCACAAUUACCAAAUCUUAAUUAAGACAUCCGCGUUUUAUUUUGAGAGCGAAAAAUAGUAUUCAUGCUUGUGAGCAGUGUGCACACCCCAUUUUAUUUUAUUGUGGUAGAAUCGGCAAAAAAAAAUUGGGUAGAUUUGAAUAAGAUGUGGUAGAUUUUUCAAUUCAUAUUUUUAUUGAGAAUACAUAUGCAUGUAUGUAUAUCAUAUGCACAUAGUACGUAAUUAAGAAUUAAGUUUAUUAGGUUGAUAAAAAAUAUGAUCCUUUAACAAACUUAUAUUUUUGGAUAUACAUAUGUAUAAUUUAACGAUAGGAUGGAACAAAAAACUCCUUUCCAUUGCAUAACAGAUACUUUAGCAAAUAUAAAUAUGCGGAUUUCUGAAAUAUUAAAAAGUUAAAGCACAUAUAGGCAAAUCUAAAAAACAGGUACACUUUUA